AAUCAUGGGAAACGUCGAAAGUCAGAAUGGGGACAGUGGUUUCUACGGCAACGCGUCGGGACACAUCUCCCGCAAACAGACGUCCAGGUCACUCCGGCUCCCCAACAAGCAGCCAAUCACGCGUCGUUCCCGGCUCUCUUCUUCAGUGAAACAGGAACACAGAAACUCUGACGCCUCAACUCGCUCCUCCAGCACCCCCAGCAUCCCACAAUCCUUAGCAGAGAACGGACUGGAGCCUUUCAACGCAACCGAUGCACUCGAAGAGUUCGGCAUCAACCCUCACUGGAUACAGCGCGUCGCUAUGACGAUGAGGCCGGAGUCCUAUCAACACGAUGACGACAACUUGGCCACGCCGACUCCUGAAACCUCGGAGGCGGACACCGUCGCUCAGGACGGAGGGGAGGACUCCACGGGGGAGGGGGAGGUACUUGGGGAGGAAACGUACCUACAGCGAAUGACUGAGGGUCCCCGGGAGGGAGGGAGUUUCAAGAAGAAGCGGUCCAAGUCGGCGGACAUGUGGAGAGAAGAUAGCCUGGAGUUCUCUAUGUCGGACCUGAGCCAGGAGCAUCUGACCAGCACUGAGGAGAUCAUAGAUGGAGGAGAGGAAGAGGAGGAGGAGCAGUUUGCAUGUCCAAGAGGCAAUGCAGGCGCAGCUGAAAGGGCAUCGUCUCUGGACCAUCUGUGCAGCCAGCAGAGUCCCGGCCUCAGGGGGCAGAGGAGCCGCUACGCUAAGAGCCGUCGGGAGGCCCAGUGCGAUGGAGAUGAAGAAGGGGAGGGGUUGAUGUCUCCAACUGAAGAAGAUGGUGGCGGGUACGGAGCAUUCACGCUCCCCUGCCGACGCUCCCACUGCCUCUCAGAGGGCCUGGGGGGGCUCGGCAUGCCGUCUGCACCGUGCCCGGCUUUCCAGGGUCGGCGUGCACAAACGACUCAGGACAUCUCGGGUGUUUUGGGUGAGGGAAGUGAGUAUGGGGACAGUGGCAUCGACGGCGUCACCACGGAGAUAGACGGGUAUGGAGAGUUGGUGUCCCGGCGCUGUAAGGCCAUGUCGGCAUCGUUCUCCGUGUACUCUGCUACCGAAAGCAGCGUUUUCAACGGCAGCGACAGCGGCAGCAGCAGCGCAGGAGGAGGAGAGGGACGAGGCGGCGAGGGAGGGAGGGGAGGAGUUUAUGAGAAUUACCGAAAGGAGCUGGACAAUCAAGCCUGGACACAUCAGGGUAGGGACUGCACGGAGGAGGGCGGGUCCGCUGUUAGCGAUGAGCGCAGCAGCGGCACACUCAGCAGUGCAUAUCCAUCGGACGCUCUGAUUGGCUGUGCACAAGGCACAGUCAGAAAAGCAGGGGCUCUGGCCGUGAAGAACUUCUUGGUUCAUAAGAAAAACAAGAAGGUGGAACCUGCAACGAGGCGCAAGUGGAAACACUACUGGGUUUCUCUGAAAGGCUGCACACUUUUCCUGUACGAGUCAGACUGUCGCUCUGGGAUCGACCAUAACAGCGUUCCCAAACAUGCACUGUGGGUGGAGAACAGCAUCGUCCAGGCCGUGCCUGAACAUCCCAAAAAAGACUUUGUUUUCUGCCUCAGCAACGCAGUGGGAGACGCCUUCCUCUUCCAGACGUCAGGCCAGACGGAGCUGGAGAACUGGAUCACGGCGAUCCACUCUGCGUGCGCCGCGGCUCUGGCCCGGCAGCACCACAGAGAGGACACAGUGAGACUGCUGCGAACAGAGAUCCGCAAGUUAGAGCAGAAGAUCGACAUGGACGAGAAGAUGAAGAAGAUGGGAGACAUGCAGCUGUCGACCGUUACCGACGCCAAGAAGAGGAAGACCAUAUUGGAGCAGCUCAAGCUGCGCUCCUCACACAACGAGCAGGAUGCAUCUUAA